AUGACCUUCCAGCAGGUUUGUCUGACCCGGGACAGGCAUUUGACAACGCGUCCAUGUGAUGCAACGGGACACUUCCUUGAAGAUGGUGCACCUCCAGCGCCACCUCCAGACAAGUCGCCCAACGACUGGACUCCGUACCGGGAUUGUGUCGAGUUUGAGACUGCGGAGUUUCUGUAUGCGCGCAACCAAAUGUCCGCCGGGGAUAUCAACAUUUUAUUGGAUCUUUGGGCCGCAACCCUCCUGAAAUACGACGACAAGCCGCCGUUCGCAGACUGCCGCGACUUGCAUAGAACGAUCGACAAUACACCAUUAGGCGAUGUCAAAUGGCAAUCGUUCAAGGUACGGUACACUGGGGAGAAGCCAACAAGCGAUGUACCACCCUGGAUGGACCAGUCUCAUGAUGUGUGGUACCGUGACCCCCAUGAGGUGAUUCGGAAUAUGUUGGGAAAUCCCGACUACGAAAAAGAGAUGGAUUACCGCCCUUUCCGUGAGUACUCAGCUGACGGCGACAAACGACAAUGGCAGGACUUCAUGUCCGGUGAUUGGGCUUGGAAUCAAGCCGACAUAAUUUGUGAAGAUCCGGAUACGCUCGGCUCAACAUUCGUACCGGUUAUACUCGGAUCUGAUAAGACCACUGUUUCGGUGGCGACUGGCGCGAACGAUUACUAUCCCUUAUACGUAUCGAUUGGCAAUGUGCGCAACAACGUCCGGCGUGCACAUCGUGACGCCGUUGCCAUUGUUGGUUUCCUUGCUAUGCUGAAAACUACGAAGGAGCACGCUGCCGAUGCAAUAUAUCGGAAAUAUCGCCGACAAUUGUUUCAUUCAUCCAUCGCCAAGAUUCUCGAGAACCUGAGACUGAGCAUGACCAAACCAGAGGUUGUUCGCUUUGGUGAUGGCCACUAUCGGCGUGUGAUUUACGGGCUUGGUCCGUAUAUCGCAGAUUACGAAGAGCAGGUUCUUCUAGCAUGUAUAGUGCGCGGCUGGUGCCCCAGGUGUAUGUCCAACCGCAAGAAUUUAGAUGAGAAGUCGUUGUGUCGGUGUCGUGACCAUACGGAGGCGCUGAUCGAAGAGGUUGCAACGUCCCUCGCGCUGUGGGACGAGUACGGGAUUGUCAGCGACCUUGUUCCGUUUACAAACGACUUCCCUCGCGCUGAUAUACAUGAGUUGAUUGCACCGGAUCUCCUGCAUCAACUCAUAAAAGGAACCUUCAAGGAUCACUUGGUCGAGUGGGUUGGAAAGUAUUUGGUACACGUACAUGGUAAGAAAGAGACAGAGAAAAUUCAAGAUGAUAUAGACCGAAGAAUUGCUGCAGUUUCCUCCUUCGCAGGCCUUCGACGCUUUCCAGAAGGUCGAGGAUUCAAACAAUGGACAGGUGAUGAUUCGAAAGCGCUUAUGAAGGUAAGUUUAUUUACCGCCAUCGAAGGCCACGUCCCAACUGAUGUGGUGCGCACGUUUCGUGCAUUCCUUGAAUUCUGCUAUCUCGUACGGCAUAGCAUCAUUACGGAAUCUACAUUAUAUCAAAUCCAGGAUGCUCUCGACCGAUUCCAUCACUACAGGGCUAUUUUUGAGUCCACCGGCGUCGUUUCCACGUUCUCCCUCCCUCGACAACACUCGUGCUCCCAUUACAUCCUCCUUAUCCGACUUUAUGGUGCGCCGAAUGGCCUUUGCUCGUCAAUCACGGAGACAAAGCACAUCAAGGCAGUGAAGGAACCGUGGAGACGAUCGAGUCGCUACAAAGCACUCGGUCAAAUGCUGGUGACAAACCAGCGCUUAGAUAAACUUGCCGCAGCGCGCGUGGAUUUCAAGAGCCGUGGAAUGUUGAACGGCACCUGUCUGUCUGCAAUGCUUCAAAGAUUAAGAUCCUUUUGCCACCAACGAGUCCAACCAAGACAACGACAAUCUUUUGGUGCUGCCUUCCAACCCCGACAACGCAAAUGUGCAUGCACGAUCUCUAAUUUAUCUACAGAACUUGGUAUCCCCCAUCUCUACACCCUCCUCCGCCGAUUCUUAUUCGAGCAAGCAAACCCAGACGACCAGCGUGCUCCCUCUGACAUCCCGCUUGCAAGAUGUCCUCAAUUCGAUGGAAAAAUUCAAGUGUUCAACUCUGCGUCGUCAAUGUUUUAUGCACCCAGUGACCGCAGCGGGAUUGGCGGCAUGCGGCGGGAACACAUCCGUGCCUGUCCCGUUUGGAGAAACGAAGCACCCCGGUAUGACUGCGUGUUCGUUAACACGGAUGCAGGUGUUGAAGGGAUGGGGGGCAUGGAGGUAGCCCGUAUAAUGUGUUUUUUUUCAUUCACAUUUGAAGGUAUUUCGUACCCAUGCGCUGUAGUACGCUGGUUCGACAAAGCCAGCGACGGGCCCGACGAAGACACAGGGAUGUGGAUCGUCCAGCCUUCAUUUGAUACAGAUAAUUCACCGUUCGUUGGAAUCAUCCACGUCGACUCAAUCUAUCGCGCCGCGCACCUUGUUCCAAUCUAUGGAACACAGUUCAUCCCACGCGACCUCAAGCACUAUGAUUCGUAUGACGCUUUUCAAGCAUUCUACGUGAACAAAUUCGCAGACCAUCACGCAUUUGAGAUUGCGUCUUAG